AUGAGGGUACAUAAUCAACGGCUGAGAUUUGACAUCACACCAAAGCCGAUGAGUUUGACCGGAAGUUCUUUGAUCACGGCGAGAUCCGUCGCAGUUCUUCUCUUUGUCUCUCUGCUUCUUCUGAUUCUGCCACCGUUCCUUCCACCGCUUCCACCGCCUCCAGCAACGCUCCUACUUGUCCCUCUCCUCCUCAUGAUUCUCCUCAUUUUCUUGGCCUUUUCUCCUUCUAAUGAGCCUAGCCUCUCCGUAGAACCUCUUGACCCCUGA